CUGAUACGUUUUAAUAAUUUGUUUCUUUACUAAACAUAAUAAAUCGAAUGUAUCCGCUUUUAGUGGGCCUAUUAUUCUGUUAGUGCUUCGAUUUAUAGCUUAACUUUUCUAGCAUCUGGCCGUAUGCCACAAGCCCCUUGUGGAGUCACGACAGUGUGACGUCACGUUUGGUGCCAUAAAGCGUUGUUUUGUUUGCCGUAAAGCGCAAGCUAGUUUAUGAAAAUAAAGUCGCGUGUACAUAUAGUUGUACGCUUCCGUGUAAGUAAUAACUUUAGUUACGCUUUAAAAAAAUACACAGUUAAAUACAGUUACAAUAAUUAUGACGUUUGUGUAUUGACGAGUGUUUCGAGUCCUUUACUAUGACAGUGGUGAAUUUGUCCUUCGCUGCUUGUGGCUUUUUGGGCAUCUACCACUUGGGAGCAGUGGGGGCCUUCCUCCGUCAUGGGGGCAAGCUGCUGGGGUCCCUCAGAGCCUGUGCGGGGGCCUCAGCUGGGGCCCUGGUUGCUGCUGUGAUGAUUACUGCUCCUGACAAGAUCAAACACUGCAAAGAAUUUACGUAUGAUUUUGCUGAGGAUGUGCGAAAACAGAGAUUUGGGGCGCUCACACCGGGCUACAGCAUCAUGCUAAAGCUGCGGGAAGGGAUUGAAGAGAUGCUUCCGACUGAUGCCCACAUCCUGGCAUCUGAUCGCCUCCACGUCUCGUUGACGCAUUUCGGAAGCGGGAAGAAUCACAUCGUGUCCCAGUUUAACUCCAGAGAGGACCUCAUCAGGGCUCUCCUGGCCAGCAGCUUUGUGCCAAUCUAUGCUGGAUUUCAACCCGUGGAAUUCCGAGGACAGAAAUGGAUGGAUGGCGGCUUCACCGACAGCCUUCCAAUCCUUCCUGUGGGCCGAACCAUCACCGUGGCCCCGUUUGCCAGCCAUCAAGACGUGUGUCCUUCACAUCAGGGUCGUGAGUUUGAAACCCAACUGAGGCUGGCCAAUAUGAACAUAGCGUUCUCCGUGGAGAACCUGAAACGUCUGAACCAGGCUUUGUUCCCCCCAUCCACCGUUGGCAUGGAGUCCCUCUGUCAGGAAGGUUUUGAUGAUGCCAUGAGGUUUCUCAAGAGGGAGAGCUGGACCAGCUAGCUGAGUGGGAGUCACAAUGAAAUACUGUAUUUUCUAGACGAUUUCACACUGGUAUAUAACUAAAUAUGUUUUUAAAUGCUUUUAAAAUAUGUUUUUAAUGUUAAUUUAUACUGACAGACACAAACCAAGGAGGGAAUAUUAAUAACAUCGACAGCCACAAGGUUUGUGACAAGAGAGGGUGAAGACUGAAGUGCCUUCAGGGAUGUGGAAUGAGAUCGAGAGCUUGGUGAACUUGCUUACCGGUAACUUGCUCGCUGGUUUGUUGGAUUCCUUUAGCCCAGGGGUGUUCACAGUAAGACCCUGGGGCCAUUUGCGGGCCAUUUUUGUGGGCCAUUUGAAAAAUAAAUUUACAAGAAUAAAGUCAAAAUAUUAACAGAAAAAAGUUGAAAUAUAAUAAGAGAAAACGUAAUUUUACAAGAAUAACGUCAAAAUAUUAACCGAAAAAAGUAGAACUAUAAUAAGAAAAAACGUAAUUUUACAAGAAUAAAGUCAAAAUAUUAACAGAAAAAAGUAGAACUAUAAUGAGAAAAAAACGUAAUUUUACAAGAAUAAAGUCAAAAUAUUGACAGAAAAACUUGAACUAUAAUAAGAAAAAACGUAAGUUUACAACAAUAAAAUCAAAAUAUUAACAGAAAAAGUUGAAAUAUAAUAAGAAAAAAACGUAAUUUUACAAGAAUAAAGUCAAAAUAUUAAAAGAAAAAAUAGAAAUAAGAAAAAAAAAUUUUUUGUAAGAAUAAAGUCAAAAUGUUGAGAUAAAAGGUUUAAAUAUAAUGAUUAAAAAAAAUGUAAUUUUACAAGAAUAAAGUCAAAAUAUUAACAGAAAAAGUAGAAAUAUAAUAAGAAAAAACAUAAUUUUAUAAGGAUAGUCAAAAUAUUGACAGAAAAAGUUGAAAUAUAAUAAGAAAAAAACUUAAUUUUACAAGAAUAAAGUCAAAAUAUUAAAAGAAAAAAUAGAAAUAAGAAAAAAAAAAAUUUGUAAGAAUAAAGUCAAAAUGUUGAGAUAAAAGGUUUAAAUAUAAUGAUUAAAAAAAUGUAAUUUUACAAGAAUAAAGUCAAAAUAUUAACAGAAAAAGUAGAAAUAUAAUAAGAAAAAAACAUAAUUUUAUAAGGAUAGUCAAAAUAUUGACAGAAAAAGUUGAAAUAUAAUUUAAAAAAACGUAAUUUUACAAAAAUAAAGUCAAAAUAUUAACAGAAAAAGUUGAAAUUUAAUAAAAAAUGUAAUUUUACAAGAAUAAAGUCAAAAUAUUAACAGAAAAAUAUUAACAAGAAUAAAGUAAUAGGCAAAAAAAAUGACACUUUACAAAGAAAAAAAGAAAGCAAAAUAACAUCAUUUUUGAAAAAUUAGUUUGGGGACAAAUUAUAA